CGCCGCCGCCGCAGUGACAGCUCCGCCUGGGCCGCGCCGCGCCUGCAGCCGCAGCCGGAGCCGGGUGGGGGGGCGCCAUGGCCGACGACUUCGGCUUCUUCUCCUCGUCCGAGGCCGCCGCCGCCGAGGAGGACCCGGCCGCCGCCUUCCUGGCCCAGCAGGAGAGCGAGAUCGCGGGCAUCGAGAACGACGAGGGCUUCGGGCCGACCGACGGCGAAGCGGCCGCGGCCUCGGCCCCGCCGGAACCGGCUGGUUUCCAGAAUGGAGGAGCCACUGUCAAUGGAGAUGUCUUUCAGGAGUCCAAUGGCCCCACAGAUGCUUAUGCAGCCAUAGCCAAGGCUGACCGGCUGACCCAGGAGCCUGAGAGCAUCCGCAAAUGGAGAGAGGAACAGAAGAAGCGGCUGGAGGAGCUAGAUGCGGCAUCAAAAGUGACUGAACAGGAAUGGCGCGAGAAGGCCAAGAGGGACCUGGAAGAGUGGAACCUGCGUCAGAAUGAGCAGAUGGAGAAGAACCGCGCAAACAACAGGAUCGCUGACAAAGCCUUUUACCAGCAGCCGGACGCCGAUGUGAUUGGCUAUGUGGCCUCGGAGGAAGCGUUCCUGAAGGAGUCCAAGGAGGAAGCCCCAGGCUCUGAGUGGGAGAAGGUGGCCCAGCUCUGUGAUUUCAACCCCAAGAGCAGCAAGCAGAGCAAGGAUGUCUCGCGGAUGCGCUCAGUGCUCAUCUCCCUCAAACAGACACCCCUGUCCCGCUAGCUGCUGCCUGGCACAGCCAAGAGCACGGCCAGGCUCGUCGGGACCGGUGGCUUUACGGGGUCAGCCCGCGAGGGGUCCUUGCCCUGCCCGCCCCCCUGUUCCCUGGCGUGCACCUCGGCUGUGCUCGAGUCUCCAGUUGUAACUCUCCCCAUGGUUUUCCUUUGCUUAAAAGGUGCAUUGGUCUCUUUUUACACUUAUUUAUUACUGUGGCAUUUCCCUGGGAAGCAACACUAAGUGGCAGAGCUGAGUUAGUGGGGGGGGCCUACAGCCUGCACUCUGUGGGGAGGUCAUGUCCAGGGCCUGGCUCAGAGAGAUGGGGAGUCGCUGGGGUUCCUGUGCUCCCCACCUCACACCCAGAGCAGUGCUCAGAGGCUGGGAACAAACCUGCCUGCUUCCUGCCCCACGCCAUCCUGGUGCUGGGCUACCUGAAGCAUGACAGUCCUGUGUCUGGGCCUGGGUCCUGGUUCUGAAGCAGCAAUCCCUAGGGGGAAGCUGGGCUCCAGCCUGCCUUUGCUGUGGGGUUUGGAGCAGAGCUGGCUACAGGGCUGAAAUGGUGGAAGAACAGCGCUGAUUUUUGGCUCCACACUGCAAGGUCCCACUGGGAGUGUGACAGCAGCGUGAUGCUACUGGGACAGUGGGAGUGAGGAAGGUAAGUAUGGGCACCAGGGUGGGUGCCAGCACUCAGCACAGCAGUGCUCUCCCCAGCGUGGAGAGCUCUCUGUGCACCCAGAGGGCUAAGAGGCUCACAGCAGCAAUUGCAACGUUGGGAGCCCCAUCCUUGCUAUGGGUCUGCUGCUGGCAGUUAGCACUGUAGUGCAGGCCUUGGGGAAGGAGCCAAGAGGGCGAGUGUGCAAGGUGUUUUCUGUCCAAAGGCUGCUGAUGUUGGGAAGAUGCUUGGGGGCCAUCAGGUGUGCUCUGCUCCUUCCUCCACUAUCUGGAGGGGAGUGGGAGGCUGUGUGGCUGCAGGGAAGCAGGUAGGAAAGUCCACUUGUGGUAAAAGGUCAAGCCUCCAGCCCUCUAACUCAGGAGGCCCAGAGCAAGAUUGGGCAGUUCUGCCCUGCCUCCCCCCCCUGACACACACCAGAUUUACACACCUAAGGCAGCGAGCAGAGAUGCUUCGCUCCUGCUCCCCCCCUACUAAGGCAGCUUCUCUAGCCCAAGGACCUGCUUUCCCUUCCCUGCUUGGCUCUGUCUUCUCCAGUUCUGAGGCCCAGCCUUGGGAAUCUGUAGAAUCAGUGCUGUGCUGAAUAGCAAAAGCGGGGUGGGCAGAUGCACUUCCACCCUGCUGCAGAGCAGUCCUGAGCUAGGGCUCUACUGCCCAGCUCACUGUGGGUUUGGGGAGGGCUGUAACCAGCCCCUUGAGGAAGCAGUAACCCAGAGGAAAAAACCCAUAAACAAUUUGUCUCAGCCUCACUGCAGAGCCCUGCUCAGCCUGUAAAGCAAGUACAUGGAGGUCUCCAGCUCUACCAGGCAAGGUCAUCAGCCCUGCUCCUGCAGCCUUCACAGCCCAGAUCUGCGAGGCAGAGCCUGUGUGGCUCAGCAGUGCCCCUGGCGCUGCCUGCCUGGUUUGGAGGAUGCCACAGUCCCUGGCAGUGGGCUGGAAAGGGAAAUAAGGUCUGGUGAAAGCAACUUGAUGCUUUAUACCGGGAUUGUGCCCCUUUGUCAUUAAGGUUGAUCACUUGUACUCCAACCCUUUUGCUCUGGCAUAUGUAUGCAGCUCUGCUAUGGCAUGGGAUGGAUAGUCAGCAAGAUGAUGUAGGGAUUCCAGCUGCCUUUCACUACAGAGCAGCUGGAAGCACCUCCAGCUGCUUUCCAGGGGCAAAGAGCCUCUCCCUGCCUUCUGGCCCAGCAGGAGAUCCCAGUUCAGCUGCAAAAAACCUGGGAUUCCCAUGGGCUCAGAGCACAGCUCCUCCAGACCUCACAGGCAGCCAGACCCCUGGACCCCCCUGACUGUGGCUGUUCCUUUGCAGAGAGGGUCCCAGCUGCCGCACUCUCUCCAUGCCAGGUAGGGACAGCCAGCUCUCAGGAAGCAGUGCCCACAGCUGUUCUACAUCCCCCCAGCUUUGGUAUAUGUGACUGUUCAAAACACCUAUUACAAUAAACUGACAUUUCCAAACUGA